CGUUACCCGGGUGUUAACUGGCACAAGGUAAGUGUUAUAGCGUCCAAGAUCGCACGCGACCAGCUGCUGACAAAUUGGCAACACCGCCGUCCGCUCAUCACUUCGGUUCCUGCCCUUCCUCGCUCAAGCAGUCUAGCAGCAGCAUGAGCAUGAUGUUCCGCAAGAAGGCGCUGGCGCCGCUGAGCCUGACCCGCCACCUCUCGACGCGCCCGGCCAAGUGCGUCGGUGUCGUCCGCGAGGUCUACAACAAGUGGGAGCGGCGCGCGCCGCUGACGCCCGGCCACGUCCAGGAGCUCGUGCAGGCUGGCAUCAACGUGCACGUGCAGCCGAGCAACCAGCGCAUCUUCACCGACGACCAGUACACGGCGGCAGGCGCGGUGGUCACAAACGACCUCUCGGCGGCCAACGUCAUUGUCGGCGUCAAGCAGGUGCCCAUCGAGCAUCUCCUCAACGACAAGACGUACCUCUUCUUCUCGCACACGAUCAAGGCGCAGCCUGAGAACAUGAAGCUCCUCGACGCGAUCUUGGAGAAGCGCAUUCGCCUCAUCGACUACGAGUGCAUUACCGAGGGCGGGCAGCGCAACGGCCGCCGGCUCAUUGCGUUUGGCUCGUACGCGGGCCGCGCCGGCAUGCUCGCGGGCUUCCGCGGCCUCGGCGAGCGCCUCAUCAACAAGGGCUACUCGUCGCCGUUCGUUAACAUUGGCUCGGCGUACAUGUACCAGGACCUGGACCGGGCCAAGGCCGCGGUUGCGACCGCCGGCGAGCUCAUCAAGAAGAACGGUCUUCCUGCCGACCUCGCGCCGCUCACCGUCGUCUUUACGGGCAGCGGCAACGUCUCGCAGGGUGCCCAAGAAGUGUUCAAGCUCCUCCCGCACGAGUUUGUGGCGCCCGAGGACCUCCCGCACCUCAAGCCCAACCGCCACGUCGUCUAUGGCUGCGUCGUCGAUGAAAAGCACAUGGUCGAGCACAAGACCAAGAAGAACGACUUUACCAAGGAAGAGUACUACAAGCACCCGGAAGAGUACGAGCCGACGUUCCACAAGAAGGUUGCGCCAUACACGUCGCUUCUUGUCAACUGCAUGUACUGGGACGACCGGUACCCGCGCUUGAUCACAAAGGACCAGAUGGACGAGAUCACGGCUGCCAGCGGCGGCGACCCCAAGCUCCUCGGCGUCGCCGACAUCUCGUGCGACAUUGGCGGCAGCGUCGAGUUCCUUGAAAAGUCGACGUACAUUGAAGACCCGUUCUUCCUCUACGACAUCAAGUCGCGCACGGCCAAGUCGUCGCUGGCGGGCGAGCCCGGUGUCAUGAUGAUGGGCGUUGAUAUUCUGCCGAGCGAGCUCCCGAGCGAAUCGUCCAACCACUUUGGCAACCACCUCGUCGGCUUUCUCAAGAGCCUCUCGGGCGGCGAAAAGGUCAUUCCGGACGAGCUCCAAGGCGCGGUGAUUGCGGCCGACGGGCGCCUCUCGCCCAAGUACGAGUACAUCAAGGAGAUGCGCCGCGACCGCGAGCGGGCGGCGGGCCACGCGUAUGCGUCGGCGGCGGCGGCAGUUGCCGGCUCAACGUGCGUCGAGCUCCAAGGCCACCUCUUUGACAGCGGCCUCAUCAACAGCAUCUUGGAUCUCAUCGAAGCGCACAACGGCGGCUUUGCGGUCGUCGAGUGCAAGGUCCGCCCCAACUUUAACGACGAGUCCAACACGACGGCCGCCAACAUCUCGCGCGCUGUCGUCCAGAUCAGCAUGGACUCCCGGGCCGAGUUGGACGCGAUGCUUGAAAAGAUCCGCGCGCUCUCGAGCUUGACGCCGGGCGCAGCCGCGACGAUCAAGGAGCUGCCGGACUAUUGCAUGGGCACGUACGACCAGACGCUCUCGCAGCGCGCCGAGUCGGCCAAGGAAGGCGCGGGCAUGACGUUCCAGGGCAGCGUGUCGGUGUCGGCGGCCAAGGAGCGCAAGCAGAUCGUGUGCCUUGGCGCGGGCCUUGUCGCGUCGCCGCUCGUCGAGUACCUCACGCGCGACGCCAACCACUCGCUGACCGUGGUCUCGGGCCUCAAGGGGGAAGCCGACGCGAUGGCCGCCAAGUACAAGCACCGCAGCGUGACGCCGGCGACGAUCAACGUCGGUACGCAAAAGGACGCGGUGGCGUCACUCGUGGCAUCGGCCGACUGCGUUGUCUCGCUCUUGCCGGCGCCGAUGCACGUUGACAUUGCCAAAGCGUGUCUCUCGUCCAAGGUGCCGCUCGUGACGGCGAGCUACAUUUCGCCCGAGAUGCAGGCGCUCAACGACUUGGCGGUUGCGCAGCGCAUUCCGAUUCUGUGCGAACUCGGCUUGGACCCGGGCAUGGACCACAUGAGUGCGAUGAAGAUCAUUGACGAAGUCCAGGCGCAGAACGGCCGCGUCGUGUCGUUUUCGUCCGUCUGCGGCGGUCUCCCCGCGCCCGAAGCCGCCGACAACCCGAUCGCGUACAAGUUUUCGUGGUCGCCGCGCGGCGUGCUCACGGCGGCCCUCAACUCGGCGCAGUACCUCAAGAACGGACAAGUUGUCCAAAUUCCGGGGGAGGCGCUGUUGACGAGCGCGGAGCGCGUCAACUUUUUGCCGGCGUUUGCGCUCGAGCAGAUCCCGAACCGCAACUCGCUGCCGUACGCGCAGGUGUACAACAUCCCGGACGCCGACUCGAUCUUCCGCGGCACGCUCCGGUACGCGGGCAACUGCGCCAUCAUGCACCAGUGCCGCCUCCUCGGGUUGCUCAACACGAACGAGACGGCGCUGCCAGCGACGUGGCCCGAGCUCAUUGCGCAGCUCAAGGCCGGCAUGAGCAGCCGCUUGACGCCGGACGCCGAGGCGUUCCUUUCAUGGCUCGGCCUCGACGAUAGCAGUGCGCUCAUUGACCCGUCGGCAACGUCGACGAUCGAUGCGUUCUGCGCGCUCUUGAUUCAGAAGCUCUCGUACCUCCCGGGCGAGCGCGACAUGGCCAUCAUGCACCACGAGUUCCACGUCGACUUUGCCGACCGCCGCGAACUCAUCACGUCGACGUACGUUGGCUACGGCGACGACGAGAGCACGGUCAUGGCCAAGACGGUUGGCAUGAGCGCAGCGAUCGGCGUCGACUUGAUUCUGCGCGGCGACGUCCUUGGCCACGGUGUCUUGACGCCGACGACGCCCGACAUUUACACGCCGGGCCUCGCGCGCCUCGAAGCCGAAGGCAUCCGCUUCAUCGAGAAGAGCCGCGUGCUGCCCAAGACCCACUAAGCACGAUAGACAAGAGUAUGUACGACCUACUGGCUAGGUGGAGGACGUGAAAUGAAAAACAAAUUUGCGUGUGCU